UUGAACAAGUGAGAUCAAUAUUUCAAAGUUCCAUAAACACAAGCACAAAAUGAAAGUAGUAAUCUGCUUAUGCUUAAUAGCAAUGACAGUAGCUAUAAAAAAUUAUACAUGUCCAAAUAACACAAAAAUUGAGGGAUUUCCGAGAAAAUUUACCUGGAUCGGAUAUGAUUGGACGCUUUUGACAUUUCAAAUCUUUUCAAAUGAAUGCAUAAACAAACGAGAUGUGAUUGUUACAACCUAUGAAGUUGGUGACUUUGAAGCAUUCAUCAUGACAAGCAUUAAGAAUAUAAGUUGUUUACCAAUUGAGAUUUAUAAAAAAUUCCCAAAGCUUCUUAUUUAUGAUGCAAAUAACUGCGCAGUUGAGAAAGUUACACAUGAGAAUUUCAAAAAUUUAAUUAAGCUUAAAGAUCUCAAAUUGAACAGGAACUAUAUAUCGUCCAUAGAUAAUGACAGCUUUAAAGAUUUAGAAAAUUUAAGAGAAUUAUUUUUGAAUGACAAUCAAAUUCAGGAAAUUGACCACCAAAUCUUUAAACCUUUAAAGAAUUUAAGACACUUGCAGCUUGACAACAAUAAAAUUUCAUUUAUUGAAAAAAAAGCAUUUAAACAUUUACUAAAAUUGGAACAUAUAUUAAUUGGUCGGAAUUUUCUCAAAACGCUAAAUGAUGAACAUUUCAAAAGUAAUAAGAAAUUGAUAACAAUUUGGCUUGAGAAUAAUGAUAUUCUGGUAUUGAACAGCACAAUGUUUGAUCAUUUGGCUAAUUUAAAAUAUAUUGAUUUGAAGUAUAAUGUCUGCAUUGAUGAUUAUUAUAUUGAAGGUGACUUUGUAAAAAUGAGAAAAUUAAUUGAAAAUGAUUGUAAACAUUUUGAAAAAUAUUGA